CUGCUGGUGAACUGGGUUGCCUGGGAUUUCGGGUCGUCGUAUCAAAGACUACGUAUCCCGAAAUGCAAUGCGACAGGGGCACUGCGGGAUAGGCUGUCCUGUGGCGUUAUAUGAGGAACUGGAGAUGAAUGGGGGCGUGCUGAGCAGUUCGGGCUGUUGGAAUGACUUGCAAUACAAAUAAAAAUUGAUUUAACGAUUUUUAAAUAAAACGUGUGGCAGAGAAUAAAUCGAAAGCGCAUUCACAGUAAGGAAGGCGUGGAACUUUGUUACUCUCUGAACAUACCCCCCUUGGAGAUGUCCGGUGGCGGUCGGCGCAUUCUCGUGUUCCCGUCGGCGGCAGAGCUGGGGCCGGCGCUGGCUCGCUUCACUGCGGCGCGGGCAGCUCGGGCGACGGGCUCGGAGCGCGGCCGCUUCUCCCUCGGCCUGUCUGGCGGCAGCCUGGUCUCCAUGCUGGCCCGCGAGCUGCCCGCCUUGCCCGGCCUAGACUCUUCUAAGUGGCUGGUGGGCUUUUGUGACGAGCGCCUGGUUCCCUUCGAAGACCCUGAGAGCACCUAUGGACUGUAUAAAAGUCAGCUGUUAUGCAAAAUGAGCAUCCCUGAAACUCAGGUCUUGGCCAUCGACCCCUCGUUGAGUGUCGAGGAAGCUGCAAAAGACUACGCCAAGAAACUGAGUGAGGCAUUUCCAAACGAGGAGUUUCCGGUUUUUGAUUUGCUGCUGCUGGGAAUGGGGCCUGAUGGACACACCUGUUCUCUGUUCCCAGGGCACCCCCUGCUGGAGGAGAACCAGCGGACAGUGGCACCCAUCAGCGACUCCCCAAAGCCCCCACCUCAGCGCAUCACCCUCACCCUGCCUGUGGUCAAUGCUGCCCGCUGUGUGGUCUUUGUAUCAACAGGGGGCAGCAAAGCACCUGUGCUCAAGCACGUUCUGGAGGGAGGUGAAGGCCCGGCUCUGCCUGCAGCUCGAGUUAACCCAGCUGGGGGGGAGCUGCUGUGGUUCCUGGAUGAGGCAGCUGCUGCUUCCUUAACUAAGGAUGUGGAGAGGCCGUCAGCCACUGCAGUGCUGUGAUAUCCCACCCACCUUGGCCCCCACCCUCCAGAUAGAUACCUGGGAGAGGUUUUUUAUCUCCUGGAAAUGGUUUCCCAAUCUCACACUCACGGGAUAUUUUCUGUGUCACUGGUAGAGAUUUCCAAUCCUGCUCCUGGAGGUCCACACACCCCCUGGUCUUCAUUUUUCUGAGCUUCAUGACCUAAUUGAAGCUUUAAUUGAACUAACAACUUGCUUGAGUGAAAUAUGUUCAAGUUUUUUCACCUGCUCGAAAGUUUGAGAUUUUGUGUUAACUUAUUCAGGAUCUAAGAGGCAAACCUGCAAUGUGUUUAAGAGCUGAAAGCAGUUAAGCAGUUCCAAUUAAGUCAAUAAAUGUUUGUUUCGCCGGAACAAAAAAUCUAGUAGGUGUGUGGAACUCCUGGACCAGCAUUGGGAACCCCUGCCUUUGGAUACAUGCAAAGAACAGAUUAGUGUCUCCUGCUGCAAAAGAAAGCAACAUUGGUACCCUCAGUACAAGACAAAGUUUUCAUUUGGAGAAAGCAUGGUUUCUAUGCUACAGUGGCGAUGUGGUUAUUGAUGGUAGCACGUGGUUAUUCACGAAUACAUGCCGUCUCACUUCAAAUAGGAUGUGAAACGUCUAAAAAUAAGAUAACAGGAAGCACCUUUGGGUUCAUUACAAGCAAGGAUAACUGGGCUUCACCUGCAGAUACACCCAGAUACACAUGGCCUGUCUCACCUCUCUUAGAUGAGCGCUGGGGAUGCCAUCUGUGCCACCACAGCCCAGAACAACAAGAGAAAGGGCACGUGCCAAGCAAGGAGUGAAUUAAUCAGGGCAAGAGUGAGCCUGAGACGUCUAAGAACAUGUCUUGCAAGUUUGGCAUUAGGAUUGAACUUAAAGUAUCUUGGUCUUGCCCAGGCACCUUUUCAAAGACUGUAGGGGAGUCAGCAUCCCCUGUUGACAGUUUGCUUCAGACACUGGCUACUCUUUUGGUAAAGAAGCGCUGCUUCAUAAUCAGAUUUUCAGUCCACAACAUGUAUCCUCUUUAAUUUCCUACUUGGGUCUUUGGUUCUUGUUUCCUAGCUGAGCCGGAAGCAGUUUCUCUCUUGGCGUCUACUUGAUUUUAUUCUUCCUUCUCCAGUGGGCUAAACAUUGCUUCCAGCUGCAGGGGGGUGGCAGCCCAUGAGCCACAAAAGAACAGCGAUUAAUGCUUCCGUGAGAAGCAUUUUGUCUUCUGGGCAAUUGUAUCUUUCCACCGGGAGUUUGUUCCUGUCAGAGAAUACAUGUGAGACCUAACUAGGGCUUGGAGCUCAGUGUCUAGUGACCAACUUUAAUAAUGGGUGGAGCUGACAUAGCUCUGUGUAUUUUUAAUUAUUAUUCAUGGAAGGCUUUAAUGUCAGCACACAGUGGUACAGUAUGAUUAGUGGGAUAUUUCUAAGCUUAAAACUGCUUUAGUUUACUUUUGUAAUUCUUCCCAACACUCAGAAAGUGUGGAAACUAGAAAGCUGCAUCCUAAAUACUUUGUUCAAUAAAGCUGCAAUAAAGAAAAAUAAAGAGUUUUUCCGCCUUCGAAAAAGCUGCAGUUUCUCUUUUUCACUUUCUUUCCUGUGGUCUCUUUUCUCGCCGCCCCCCAUCUUUCCAUCUGCAUUUUCAAGUUUCUUUCUCUUCCCCUUUUUUUCCCCACCUGCCCUCCUGCAGCCCUUGCUCUUUUAUAAUCUGUUGUGAUUUGCCAUGCUAGACAUCUGCCACGAAUAAUGCGCCCUGCCCCUUCUUGCUUUAAAAUGUAAAAUGUUCAAUUUUGUGUAUCUCGCCUUUCAUCUUUGGCAUCGGCACCGGACAUUACUGGGACCCCAAGGCUGGAGGGUGUGGAGGCUGGGGGAGUCGAGACGACUGGGACACUUUCUCCUCUCACACCCACCUCCCCCUCAUAGCUGUUCGAUAUUUGACAUACUACGACCCCCCUCACAUACACACCCCCAUAGGUGAGUGAAGAGGUUGGCGCACCAGACUGCGACACCCACGGCGACCCGGGGGUUGCCAUGACGAGGAAGUGAGGGAUACCCUCGCUGACUCGAGUGAGUCCACCCAGCCCCCUGGUGACGCUUGGUCAAUUGUACGCCCACUGCCUGAGGGGACCCCCAGCUGUGAGGGGCAAAUAAUGUACAGUAACUCCAACCCAGAAUCAGCUUGGUCUGCUCCCAUACUGUUUUGAGUCGCUUUUAUUUUAAAAAAAGAACGUUUUUAAUUAACGGUUGUCUUAACACCCCUUGCUAUACCAGUUUGGUAUAUGCUUAACCUGCUGUUACUAUGUUGAUAACCAUCAUGUGCUACAAUGGAUGGGUUAGCAGUGCUAAUCACUGUGCCACUGUGGCUCCCAUCACAUCUUUCCAUCCUAACCAAAAUGGACCAAAGCAAAAGUGUCCAGUCCUGGUCCGGGAGGAACUGCAGUCUCUUUACAGCAGGCAGCAGCACUGUGGGAACUAGAAAAGGCUGGUAAACUGGUCCAGUUAAGACAGUAACUGGCUGGUUUAGCUCAUUAAGUUGGAAUAAAAACUUUUGGACACACUGGUCCUCCAGGACCAAGAUUGCCCACCUCUGGCCUAGAGGCACUGUCAUCUCUGAGCCAUCCUUGGAGUUUUGUGGUCAGAGAGGCGUGGUGAUGCUAAUCCCUUACCAGGCUGCGCAGUGCGGCUGUUUCAUACUCGACCCUCAAACAGAGAAGGCCUUUUUCGGACGGGACAGAAAGAUGUUUUGUUCUGAGGUUGUGUACACAGCAGUGCUUAUUGUUUCACUACAGUGGAGAGAAGCAUGGAGGUGGCAAGAGACGUCUGUUGCCUUGAUGUGAAACAGCCUUUAUUUAUCCAGACAUGACUGGCAACUGGCCUGAGGAACCAAAACAAUACAAAAGGCCCAUGACCUCCUAAAAAUAGAAAUUAAGAACCAGCAGGAAAGAUCCUGUGUAGUACACCAGCUUGCUGUCUGAUCUGGUUCAAUUCAAUAAAAUAGCAGAUCUAUUUUACUGUGACGUUAAAAUAAUCUGGUAUUUAAUUUGGUGCCUUUGGAGUAUUAUUAAGAGUCCUGGUUUCAAAAGCAUGGGGUGGGAGUGGCAAUAUUGCCUUCCAGUGCCUUGGUUUGCUAGAAGAUAAUUAUCAUGUGCUAGAAAGGAUCCAUGUUCCAUAAGGUUGAAGGUGUGUAUCAUUGGCAAAUAAUAAUGUGCUCCUUACAUAUAAUUGGUAGCUAUUAACUUUGUUUCAGAUUCAGAGGGAAAAUUCAUAUGUCUGUGACUGUAAGAGAUACUGGUUUCUAAUGAAUAAAUCAAUGAACUUGAAAGCUG